AUUAUCACCAUGGAAUUGACUGUACGGUUCAAUACGUUCUCCAUUGUAACAUGACGAAAUUGUCUAAUAACAAAGUAAAAGCAUUCAACAUGAAAAAUAAAAGGCGUAAUUAAUGAGACUGGUUCUCAGCAUGAUAUAAUGCCAAAGUAUACUUUAAUUUUCAAUACUUUGUAAUUAUUCUAUUUGCUUGUGGAUAAUCGACUACAGUUACAGAAUGAAAGUAAACGAAGUAGGAUCUCCACAAAUUACCUCGAGGGAUCAAAGCAGCAGAUUCGAAAGCCCAAUUUCGUCGAAGUUUAAGCUCAACGCAGCAGGAAAGACGCGUAAGAUCGCGGGCAAAAACCUAACCUCAGUUAUUUUACAACAACGUCAGGCACUCCGCGUGAUAGAGGAUGACGUUGAUGUCACUCCAAAAUUACUGAGCCAUCCAACCUACAGUUCGCUUGACGAGAAACAGAUAACUGCAUUCGAAACAAUCGGAUUAUCCCAGACCGGCAGUGUCGGUACACUGUCCAUCCUUUCCGGUUUAAGCAUUGCAGUAAAAGAAAGUUCCUCUACGAUCAUCAGAACCUCCUCAGUUCCUUCCGGUUCGAUGACAACGGAUGAUAUCCUGUUUGAAAGUUUAUUAUCCACUCAAACAGAUGAUUUUGAUGAUGAUGAUGAAGAUAAAGUUCCUCCUCAAUUUUAUCUACCUAGCGAAGAUCCAAAUAUUCUCUUAAUUCGACCCGAUACCGUGACGCUCACUUUGAGGGAAACGGAGACGUUCUUCAUUUUCGAUAUACAGCCUCGAACUGCUGAUUUACUUACGCCAGAUGGUAUAGCGGUUAAAGAAGAGAACGAGAAUUACGAAUAUAAAACGAUAGGACCUGGUUCGAAUAGAAAAUUAAUAGAUACCGAAACUCAAACCAUGCAAGUGCUUACGAAAUCUCAAGGAACGCACCUCAGCAGAAGGAGACGUAAAAAUCGAGGCAUGUUCGUGAAUAAUUGGGUAAUGUACGACGCUUAUGGCGCCCCUGAAUUGAUGAUUGAAAAAAAUGGUUUGCUCGUCGUACAUAGAAAGGAAUCUUUGCAAGAAAUGUUGCAAUCAAAGGCUUUGAAAGCUAAACUACCAAAAUCAAAAAUUUACGAGAAGAAGACUUCCGAGCAACAGCAGAUAUAUAUAUUCCAACAUAUCAAUUUCCGGAAUGCCGUACGAGUAAUGGAGCGUAUAAUAUCGAACAACAUUUUCAUUCACGCUCAAAAGCGUUUCACCGGCCUGAUUAAACAGGAUCCAUGUAGCCUUGAUUUGGAGUUCACGUACAGUCCAGACCUCCUCUGGAUUCACGAUUCUGAAGAAACUUCGGGGAGACCAGUAUCUUCAUUCCGCUGGAAUUACGUUAACAGAAGCAUUCUAGCCGUAGGAUAUGGGGCACGAGUUAAUUCAGAAAUUAAAAAUGGCUUGGUGUUACUCUGGUCUGCCAAGAAUCCUGGUGUACCGGCUCGUUAUUACAGUUUUGAUAGUCCGGUGUCAGACCUCGAUUGGAGUCGGGAACGGCCGAAUUUACUUGCUAUCGGUUACUACAACGGCGAAAUCAAGGUGAUCGACGUAAGCAAUCCAGAUCUCAAUGUCGUACGACGAAGCGAGAAAGCUACAUUUUCGACUUCUCCGCACUGGCAAGUUCAAUGGUGGCCAGGUGACGAGCAAUACGAAUACCAAGAACAAAUUUAUACGUGCAAUCAGGACGGUUGCGUGUUUUGUUAUCGAUACGUCGAAGAUUUCACUUCAUCGAUGAUUAUGAAGGUUUAUAGGAUAGAGGGAACGUUGCCGGGUGUCACUAGGACUGUUCAGUGUAACUUUUACGAUAUAUCAAUCAGUCGAAGCCCUGGGGCAUUGGCACUACGAAAGCAUCCUACUUUAAGUGCCAUUUAUUUCGUGGGUACGGACGAAGGUUGUAUCUACAAAUGUUCCACGAAUUAUUUAUAUCAACAUAUAGACAGUUUUCUAGCGCACGAUGGACCAAUUUACUCGAUGAUGUUCUCUCCAUUCUGUUCAAAAAUCUUCCUAACCUGUGGCGCCGACUGGUGCAUUCGAAUCUGGGCAGAAGGAUUGACAGAUCCACUGAUUACUAUGUCCACAACAAUGGCAUGCGUUCGAUACGCAGCCUGGUCUCCCGUCCAUUCCACGAUCAUAGUAAGCAUCGUCAAUAACGAGAUCUGUAUAUGGGAUAUCAGACGAAAGAUAUACAAACCUGCGUCGGUGACAACGUCACCCAACACCAACAGAUUUAUUAUGGUUGAUUUUACGGCAAAUGGUAACCAACUCGUGGCGGCGGAUGUGGAAGGUGUUGUAUAUGUGUAUAAUCUUGAGGGAAUGCCAUUUCCGCCGUACAGUCAGGAACAGGUGCUGGUAGAGUCGAUCGAGAAGGCUUUAAUCACGAAACCGAUACUCCUGAAGAAUCUAAAGAAGCUCGGACCGCCAUUUUCUCGAUAAGAAAGUGAAAUCGAAUUAAUCUGUUUUAAGCUAGUUAUAACCUUACUCCUUUAUCAGUAUCAUAUGAAUCUCUUAGAAACCAAACUGACCGGAACCAUUUCUUAUCGAUUUCUCAAUUUUACAUAUUACAUAGGUACAAGAUUAAACUUCAAUUCUUAAACGACA